AUGAAUUAAAAACAAGAAAAGCUGCGAAGAGCAACACCAGAAUGGCACUACAAAUCCUGAGGCGUCUGACCACCACGCUGCCAGUGGCGACAAUCACGGCCAGUGCCAGGGCCGUCACCUGCCGCCAGCAACAAUCGCUUCACACAACGCCGGCGUGCUGUGAGAUACGGAAACUGGCCCGCCUCCGUGUGGUGGAUAACAGUGAUCUCGGCAAGCGAGCCAUGGCCGAGGGCCGGCCGCCGCGCUGCAUCCAUGUGUACAAUAAGCGCGGCGUCGGUUACAUUGGGGACAAAGUGCUGGUGGCCAUCAAGGGCCAGAUGAAGAAGGGCAUCCUCGUCGGCCUGAAGCAGAACCAGAAGCCCAAGCAGCCCAAAUUCGAUAGCAAUAACCUGGUUUUGAUCGACGACAAUGGUUCGCCGCUGGGCACACGCAUCCAUGUCCCGAUACCCACCGUCCUGCGGACGAUACUCAAGGAGAAGACGCUGGCCAAGGGUGCCGACUACACCAAGGUUCUAGCCAUCGCCAGUCGCUAUGUUUAGUCAUUAUUGUUGUACUUCCUUCCCUCCCCCCUGACUGUGUAAAGAAUAAACAGCUUUGUUAUAUUGAAA